UUCGUUCGCGCAUCACGCAGAAACUACUGUGCGAAAUUUGAUGCGGUUUUCACCAUCGUAAUAGUCUGCUAAACGACUGUGAUCGUGUGUAUGCUGUACGUGUAUGAGAUAACAUGAAAUCUGGUGCGUAAAACCCGAAAGUUAUGAGCAAAGAGCACACGAAAUAAACGCGGGCGAAGCCGCGGGCAAUAACUAAAGUUAUCGGGAUUUCGUUGCCAAAUAAGAUAUAAUAUAGAUACAGAAUAAAGUAGAUGACUGAUGCUAUAUUUAGUAUACCGACAACAACACAAGACCUCAUACGCGCGUGAAUCACUGAAUUUGUAUAAUUAGUAUUAAAUAUUGUGAAAAAAUCGUAACAGCUUUGUGCACAACUUAUCUUCAAGUGAUUAUUUUUAUGGGUGUUGCCUAUAUAAAUAAAUAAUAAUAUAUAUUUAUUAUUAUCUUGUGCUGUGCAAACAAUCUACAACAAUGAAAAUAUUGUUAAUUUUAAGCGCUGUGCUAAUAAGUGUUAACGGUGCAAGGAUUUUAGCAGUGUUCCCAACACCAUCUAUUAGCCAUCAAGUGGUGUUCAGACCUUUGAUUCAUGAACUUGCAAACCGUGGACAUGAAGUUGUAUUGUUGACAACAGAUCCUGUAUUUCCUAGAGGCGGGGGACCAGCAAAUCUAACAGAAAUAGAUCUACAUGAUAUUUCUUAUAAACCUUGGGUUGACUAUGUCACUGAAGUAGAUUUAAUAAACAUGGAACCAUCGGUUGAUUACGAUAGGCUGGCCAUGGCAAAAAUGUUAGCGAUUAUUUUCAAAAAUAUUAUGAAGGUACAUCUUCUUGCAGAUCCAGUUCAAAAGUUGAUUAAUGAUAAAACGCAACAUUUUGACCUUUUGAUUAUAGAAGCGUACCAGAGACCGGCGUUAGUAUAUUCUCAUAUAUUCAAAGCACCUCUGAUUCAAAUGAGCUCCUUCGGUUCAGUGACUUAUAAUUUGGAGACAGUUGGAGCAGCAAUGCAUCCUAUUCUAUAUCCUGAUAUUUUUAGCCGAAAAUUUAAUAACCUUACUCUAACUGAGAGAAUCAAUGAAUAUUAUAAUUUUGCUGUAAGGCAAUACGUUUCUUACAUAAUUGAGAAAGAAGAGAAUGAAAUGUUAAAGCAAAUUAUUGGACCUAACGUGCCGCCAUUAAAUGAUUUGGCCAAUAAUGUUGAUAUGGUGUUUCUAAACGUACACCCGAUCUGGGAUUUCAAUAGACCAGUACCACCAAAUGUUGUAUACCUAGGGGCUUUGCAUAUUAAGCCUGAAAAGGAGUUACCACAGGAUCUCAAAACCUACUUAGACUCUUCCAAGAAUGGAGUCAUAUACAUGAGUUUCGGCACCAAUGUGGACCCUUCAUUGUUCCCACAUGGGUCCGUGGAAAUAUUUUUAGAGGUAUUAGGGGACCUGCACUAUGAUGUCCUGUGGAAGUGGCAUACAGAAGAUGUGGAAGGUUUACCAAAAAACGUGAAAAUAUCAAAAUGGCUGCCUCAAAGAGAUCUAUUGAUGCACCAGAACAUCAAACUGUUUAUAACCCAAGGAGGUCUUCAAUCGACAGACGAGACAAUCCUAGCUGGUGUCCCAGUGGUGGGUAUACCCAUGAUGGGUGACCAGUGGUACAACGUUGAUCGAUAUGUGGACCUAGGCAUGGGAGUAAGGAUUGAUAUCAAGACUAUGAAUGCUGAUGUAUUUAGGAAGGCUGUGUCUACUGUGAUAAAUGAUAAAAGUUAUCGAGAAAACAUUAUAAAACUGAGAGCAAUAAUGCACGACCAGCCUCAGAGCCCGCUGCAGCGCGCGGUGUGGUGGACGGAGCACGUGCUGCGGCACGCCGGAGCGCGACAUCUGCGCGCGCGCGCCGCCAACAUGCGCUGGACAGACUACUAUGAGGUAGAACUAGUGGCGUACACAGUAGCUGCUCUAGUGUUAGUCCUUAUUGUCAUCGGUUUUGUGAUUAGAUUCCUUGUUAAAUUUGUGAUUGGUGCUCUUUCUAGGAAAAAUAAAUUAAAGAUUAAUUAAAUUACA